UCCAGGAGUGGACACAUGCUGAAGAAUCAGACCUACUAUACCAGCAAGCCGAAGCAGAAUCUCUGGGACAACCCCACGCACGCGGGACCCAAGACCUGGAACACCUUCCAUGGGCCGCGCUUGCGCACGGAUGCUGAGUUGAUGGAGCGCAUGGAUCGGGCCGAGGAUGUGAAUGAGGAGUGGGAAGCGAAGAAGGCCUUUGUGAAUACCGUCAGAGUGCAGACCUUGGAUCGCUUCUACAGCAAGAAGGUGGAAAACGAGCAGAAAGAGAUGGCUUCGACCUGGGCGCCCCAUCGCCGGGAUCGCGCCGAGUAUCACAAGUACCAUGAUACACUGGGAUCGAACUUGGAUAAUAUGCCCGUGAAGGAACUCAAGAAGGUUCUCACACCUUUCGUGCUUCAUCGUGAUCGGGAAGCCAUCAAUGCGAUCACCAAACGCAUCCAUUCGGAGGAGAAGUGGAAGAAGCUCUGGAAAGAGAUGGAGUUGGCACGGAGGGCUGAAACCUUGAGAGAGAUGGACCAUAGCAGGACUUACAAUGCGAUGCUCAUGGAGCUUGCUGGACAACAGCGAAUCCAUCUUCCACUGGAGCCACACUUGAGAUGCUCUCCCCGUGUGGAUCAGCUGGCGCGCCCGGCGGAUCUCAAGCCUCCGGAGGAUAUCACUCAGCGCACGGACUUCGCCGGCUUGUUUCAUGUGGACCACCGGCAUGCGAUGGAAGCGCGCUUCCCGGGGUCUGGACAUGCCAUGACGGUGAAAUUCACCGCGGAGGCCACGCAGAGGAGCAGACCGGACUUUUUAGAGAAGGCCUCAGAUCCUCCAGCUCAACCACCAGAAGUGGACAAGAAAGCGGCCAAGGAUAUGCACCGGAAAUUGGUGAGACAAGCUAGCAUCCCGGUGAGCAAGCAGCGCCUCCAAACGGUCAGCAGCACGCGGCGGGAGGACCCCUCCGCCUUGGCGGAGCACUCCACGCAGCAGUUCCUGCCCGCGGCCGCGCCUCCACCGCCAGAUCAAGGGCGCAUGCGGCUGAAGGACGCCAAUGCUCCAAAUAAGCUGCACAUGAGCUUGGACUUCCUGAAGCGGUCAGACACCAGCAGCAGUCUGAAGGACGCCUCUCCGAAGUCGGUGAAUCUGGAUUUAUCGCCCCCGGCGCGGCCCAUGGUGUAUCCCGUGAGUGUUCCCAACGUCGAAGAGCACAUGCCAAUGCCGAACUGGCGCCCCAAGCGUAGCCAUGGUGCUCUUGCCGCAGCAUCGCCCAAGGCCAAAGCUGCGGGUCGAAGCGGCCCACCGGAGCGCUGGCCUCCCGUGGGCAGUCAGACUGUGGACAUUACCAUUGUAUCUGCAGCAGGCUUGCCCAAGGCCGGUCGAAAAGGUUGCUCCGACCCCCAAGUGAUCGUGGAGGUUCCGGGGAAGUCUCGGUCAACGGUCAAGACCAGCGUGGCCAGCUGAGGGGACGGAUUGGGACGGACGCACGCACGACGCCGGCCUCGACGAGUCGAGGAUUGGUCGGAUUUGGAGUUUGGAGUGAAGAGAGUGAAGGGUCAACUUGAAAAGAACAGUGGCUGCCGGAUUCUGAUACAACAUACACAGAGACAGAAAAAGGAAAAUAUACAUCAUUUAAGAUAUAUUUUGUUCAUGGGCCUUGAUUCUGCCUUUGCAGCGUUGGUGGAGGUCGCUUCACACACUGAGAGUCCGGUCUGGAAUGAACCCUUGGUAGUGCAGGGCUGGCGGCGCGGUGAGCCACUGGCGAUCUCGGUCGUCGAUGCAGAAGUCAUGGGAGGAGAUGAUCAGCUUGCUGCCAUCCAGG